AUGCUGCUGCUGCUGCUGCUGCUGCUGCUGUGGGCAGGGUCCCUGGCUCAGGAUAAAAGAUACCAGAUGAAAGUGAAUUCAUCUGUGACGGUGCAGGAGGGCCUGUGUGUCUCUGUGCACUGCUCCUUCACCUACCCCCGGACCUAUGCGAAUUACCCUGCUUAUGGCUUCUGGUUCCGGGAAGGGGCUGAUAUAUACCAGGAUGCUGCUGUGGCCACCAACCACCCACAUCGUGAAGUGCAGGAGGGGGCCCGGGGCCGAUUUCACCUCCUCUGGGAUCCCCAGGCCAAAAACUGCUCCCUGGACAUCAGAGAUGCCAGGAGGACAGAUGAUGGAUUAUACUUUUUUCGGGUGCAGAAAGGAACUUCUUUGUUAUAUUCUUAUGCAUGGAACAAGCUCUCCCUGCAUGUGACGGCCCUGACCCACACACCUGACAUCCUCAUCACAGGGGCCCUGGAGUCCGGCUGCCCCAGGAACCUGACCUGCUCUGUGCCCUGGGCCUGUGAGCGGGGCUCGCCCCCCAUCUUCUCCUGGACCUCAGCUGCUCACACCUCCCUGGGCCCCAGGACCCGCUUCUCUUCUGUGCUCACCCUCACCCCACGGCCCCAGGACCAUGGCACCAACCUCACCUGUCAGGUGCAUUUUCCUGCAGCUGGUGUGACUGUGGAGAGAACCAUCCAGCUCAACGUCACCUGUGCCCCACAGAACCCAACAGCAGGUGUCAGCCUAGGAGACGGCACAGGAUUUUCAGGGCCCAGGGCAGAGGUGGUGCUGGUGGCCUUUGGGGAAGCAGCUGUCAAGACCCUGCUCCUCCUUCUCUGCCUCAUCUUCGUCAUAGUCAGGUACCACAAGAGGAAGGCCCCGAGGCCCCAAAGAGGUAUGGAGGAUGCCAACACCACCUCAGGUUCACCCUCAGAUUGUGUUUCUGGAGACAUAUCGCCCACCUCCUGCACAGUUUGA